AUGCCGCUGUUUCAUGACAUCAGUGAAGGCGAGUUGAAACGAGGCGACCACAUUUACGUGUGGCGUACCGGCUACCAUCACCAUGGUAUCUGGGACGGCAGAAAAGUCAUCCACUUCGAUGGAGCAAAAUCUGGCGACAAAUCCAACGCGACAAUACGCAGAGAUACCCUCGACGUAUUCCUAAAUGGUGGCAAACUUAAGAUCUACCUUUACGGUGUGAGCUGGUGGAAUACAUGGUACGAGUGGUUGACCACGUCUACAACGCUGGAGAGCGACCCGCCGGAUACGGUGAUGGAUCGAGCGGAGAGCCGGAUCGGAGAUAGCGGUUACAACCUGAUUUUUAACAACUGCGAACACUUCGCGCAUUGGUGCAAGUUGGGAGAACGCGCCAAGAAAGUGUUGAGGCAAAUAUAA